GUCCGGUGUCUUCUGGGACACAUGACAGGUCCCAGAAGGCGCCGGGCCAUUCACAAAGCGCAGCGCUUCUCGCACAUGCACAGUCAGCAGUCUCUGGUCAUCUCCUUUACUGUCUGCAGCCUCUGGUCAUCCCCUGCACUGUCUGCAGUCUCUGGUCAUCUGUACUGUGUCCCUGGUAUUUUCCCCUGUACUAUGUCCGCAGUCUCUGGUCAUCCCCUGUACUAUGUCCACAGUCUCUGGUCAUCUGUAUUGUGUCCGCAGUCUCUGGUCAUCUCCUGUACUGUGUCCGCAGUCUCUGGUCAUCUCCUGUACUGUGUCCGCAGUCUCUGGUCAUCUCCUGUACUGUGUCCGCAGUCUCUGGUCAUCUCCUGUACUGUGUCCUCAGUCUCUGGUCAUCUCCUGUACUAUGUCCUCAGUCUCUGGUCAUCUCCUGUACUGUGUCCUCAGUCUCUGGUCAUCUCCUGUACUGUGUCCUCAGUCUCUGGUCAUCUCCUGUACUGUGUCCUCAGUCUCUGGUCAUCUCCUGUACUGUGUCCGCAGUCUCUGGUCAUCUCCUGUACUGUGUCCUCAGUCUCUGGUCAUCUCCUG